UCACAGAAUAAAAUACCGCCAAAAUUCUGUGCUGCAAGGGAACAGCGGCCAUGUCAUUGGCAAAGGGCGAAGAAAUAGCCAAGAGCUUCUGGGAGCCGGGACAGUACAAGAGGACGGUCAGACGUUUUGACGAUGGGCACCAACUCUGCAACCAGCUGCUCAGCUGCUUCCAGGAGCGGGCACAAAUCGAGAAGCAGUAUGCCCAGAAACUGGCCGGCUGGUCCAAAAAGUGGAAAAGUGUGGUGGAGAAAGGAGCACAGUAUGGCACUGUAGAGAAAGCCUGGCAUGCGUUCAUGACAGCAGCAGACAAGCUAAGUGCACUACACCUGGAUGUUCAAGCGCAGUUGUCUGGAGUGGACUCGGACAGAGUGAAGCAGUGGCAGAAGGACUCUUUCCACAAACAGCUAAUUGGGGGCUUCAAGGAGACAAGAGAGGCCGACGAGGAGUUCCGCAAAGCUCAGAAACCCUGGCUCAAGAAGUUGAAGGAGGUGGAACUGGCCAAGCACAGUUACUACAGUGCACGUAAGGAGGAGAGGACUGCACGCACUCGAGAGGCCAAUGGCAGAGCUGACCAAUCCUUAUCCCGUGAUCAACUCCGUAAAUUGGAGGAGCGUGCGGAGAGGAGCUCACAGGAAGUGGAGAAAGGCCAAGAACAUUAUGUGAAAGCUCUGGAGGAGCUGAACAAAUACAACCCCAAAUACAUGGAGGACAUGGAGCAAGUGUUUGAUACCUGCCAGGACUUUGAGAGGAAGCGACUCCAAUUCUUCAAGGACAUCCUGUUGGACUUCCACAAACACCUCGACCUCUCCAACAAUGACAGUUUCCACGCCAUCUACCGGGACCUGUACCAGAACAUCACUGCAGCCAAUGAGCAGGAAGACUUACGCUGGUGGCAGAACACACACGGACCUGGAAUGACUAUGAGCUGGCCACAGUUUGAGGAGUGGGCUCCAGAUGCAACCCGAGCCAUUCAUCGUAAGGAGAAGAGUAGUCGGGGGGUAGAGGAAGUGACCCUCACCAGCAUCAUCCCGUCCACUGAUGUCGUAUUGCACUCUUCGCCAGGAGACAGUGGAGUUAAAGAUUACUCAUCCGAUUGGUCAGAUGAUGACAGCCCGAGGAAAUAUGUGUCGACUCUGUGCUCGGAGGAUGAGGAGAAGGUACCUGUGGUCCGGGUUCGAGCACUGUAUGAUUACACGGGGCAGGAGGCUGAUGAGCUAAGCUUCUCGGCAGGUGAAGAGUUCAUGAAGAUCGGUGAAGAGGAUGAACAGGGCUGGUGUAAGGGUCAACUGGAUAAUGGACAACUAGGACUCUAUCCUGCCAAUUAUGCAGUCCUCGUGAGCUCCUGACAAACUCUUCACAAGACCGCCAGCACUGUGCAGCCCUGAAUCCUUGCUCUGUUGCCGCCUGCUGCUGCUUUCUCUGUUUAAUGUAUUUUUUUCCCCUGCCACAGCCUAUUUUCGCCUCUGAAUGAAGGAUUAGACAGAUAUGCUACAAUAAGAAACUGGGUUUACUAAUCAUGGGGCAAGCUCACCCGACUUGUACUGUCCUUGGCUCUGUCUUGGUCUUGGCUGACCAGUUGCCCAAAUUAGAGAAUAGAAGCUUCUGGAAUGAACUGAGCAGUAUUUAUCCUCAUUGGGUAGCUCAUAUUGCACGCUCUCCGACUUGUGACUGUGUUUGAGUUUCUGAAUAGGUGAAGGAAGCUGAAAUGGAUCUGUUGUCGAGCAUCUCAAUAUCUGAAGGAGUUGCAGGGCCUGGGAUCUCCGUUGACAAGACCGUGUUUCAUCAGUUGCUGGGGAACCGAACAAAGCCACUGUACAGGAGAUGUUUGGAGAUGGAUAUAAUGAAUAUUUUUGCCAAAUGGAAAGCAGGAGACUUUUCAAGCCUGAUGUAGGAAGUGGUUGCGUUUUAAUUAAUCUCCUAUGUAUCUGGCAGGAGGUGGUGUGAAAUAAACAGGUAUUACAGAUCGCA